CAGUUCAAACUUCAAACAUUUUAAAAUUAUUUUGAUUGCUAUUUGGUUUUAAACUCUAAUUUUUCAUUUAAAAAAUGCCGGCACAAAUGGAAACUUCUUCAACAGCAGAAGAAAUAAAACGAAAACAUCUACCAUGGAUUGAAAAAUAUCGACCUUCAAAAUUCGACGAAAUUGUUGGCAAUGAGGAUACAGUCAGCCGACUUUCCGUGUUUUCUACUCAAGGAAAUGCGCCAAACAUAAUCAUCGCCGGUCCUCCGGGAGUGGGCAAGACGACGACAAUUCAAUGCCUUGCAAGAAUUUUGCUGGGUGACAGUUAUAAAGAAGCAGUCCUCGAAUUGAACGCAUCAAAUGAAAGGGGUAUCGACGUGGUUCGCAACAAAAUUAAGAUGUUCGCCCAACAGAAAGUUACCUUACCCAAAGGCAGACACAAAAUCAUUAUACUCGACGAAGCAGACAGCAUGACUGAGGGAGCCCAACAAGCUCUGAGGCGCACCAUGGAAAUUUACAGUAACACAACUCGUUUUGCCUUAGCAUGCAAUACCAGCGAAAAAAUUAUCGAGCCAAUUCAAUCUCGCUGUGCGAUGUUGCGCUUUAGCAAACUAUCUGAUGCUCAGAUUCUGGCAAAGCUUAUUGAAGUUUGCCAAAAGGAAAACCUCACGUACGAGGAAGAAGGCUUAGAAGCUAUUGUUUUUACUGCACAGGGUGACAUGCGACAAGCUUUGAACAACUUGCAAUCAACAGCUAAUGGCUUUGGCACCAUAACGGGCGCAAAUGUUUUCAAGGUUUGUGAUGAACCGCAUCCAAUGCUGAUCCAGGACAUGCUGGAACAUUGUGUGCAAAAUGACAUCCAUAAAGCAUACAAAAUCCUUGCAAAGCUCUGGAGGUUAGGUUACGCUGCUGAAGAUGUCAUUGGAAAUAUAUUUCGUGUUUGCAAAAGAAUGACCUUUGAUGAGAAAUUAAAACUUGAAUUUAUACGUGAGAUUGGAAUAACACACAUGAAAAUCGUCGAUGGAUUGAAUUCUUUGUUGCAACUUACCGGAUUGUUGGCUAAGCUUUGUGCCAUUUCUGAGAAAAGUUAAAUGUCAGUAUGUUUUAAAUAUAAACGUAAUUUUGUAUUAUUUA